AUGGAUUUUGAUGGAGGAUUAAGACUUUUGUGGUCUGAUAAGAAUAUUUUGGACAUGUUCAAUUGCGUUGCUCCUAAGAAAAUACUACAUAUAUAUGUAGAGCACCCUAACAAUAUUUUUGAUGAAGGAGAAAGCUUUAUGGAUGUUGAAGUGAUUGCAGAAACACCUAUUGCCAUAAAAGAGACACAUAAUAGUUUACAAUUAGAUGAUAUUUGUGGUAGUAGCGAUAGAGGAAUGCACAUAGAAGAACUACUAAACCUUGAUUAUGAUGGAGAAGAUGAUGACGAAUUGUUUAUUGGAAAGUUUGAUGGUGUGGGGUUAAACUUAAGAGAUGGUGGUGUAGGUUUACAUUUAGAGAAUGAAGAAUUGUGUAAUUCUGAAUGUGGUUCAUUUAGUCACCUAAACUCACCCAUUCAAUCUGAUGAUGAUGUUGUCGAGGGAUCACAAAAGUAUGUUGAGUUUCAUCCUUCUAUGUUGAAGGAUAACAUAGAAUUUACAUUAGGGAUGAAAUUUGGAACAUUAACUGAAUUGAGAGAUGCAAUAAGAGAAUAUUCCUUACGAUCUGGACAUGAAUUGAUUUACCAGAAAAAUGAACCUGAAAGGGUUACAGUGAGAUGUCAAGAUGGGUGCAAUUGGAGGUUGCAUGCUUCUAAUAGACAAGAUGAGUAUCUUGUGAGAAAGGACUUUAAUAUUAACAUAUCAAGACAUCAAGCAUAUAGAGCAAGGAAGAUUGCAAUGCAUAAGCUUGAAGGCACAGUUGAGAUGCAAUAUGCCAAACUACGAGACUACUGUGAGGAAUUGUGGAGAUCUAAUCCGGAUAGUUCUUAUUUACUAAGUGUGGAUAGACGUCAAAUUCAUAUGCAACCUAUCUUUAAAAGCAUGUAUAUUUGUCUCACAGCAUGUAAAAAUGGGUUCUUACAAAGCUGUAGACCAAUAAUUGGGUUAGAUGGGUGUCAUUUGAAGACUACAACUCAAGGGCAAUUGUUGACUGCUGUGGGAAUAGAUGCGAAUGAAGGGAUUUUCCCAUUAGCUUUGGCUGUAGUAGAUGUGGAGUCGAAGGAAUCUUGGACUUGGUUCUUAGAAAAUCUACUUGAUUAUAUAGGACCAGUAGAAAAAAAUAGAUGGGUGUUUAUGACUGAUCAACAAAAGGGUUUAAUUCCCGCCAUUGAGAAAGUGGCUCCUAACGCUGAACAUAGGAUUUGUGGAUUGUUUGAUUGUGCUGUUUUUGAUGGGUGUUUGAUGCUUAUAAAGAUGUUUGGAUAA